CAAUUUAACCCCAGAAACGACCGACCAGGGGCGCUGUUGAGAUGUUCAUAGAUGUUUUUAAAUAUAUAUAUAGGCUAUAUAAACUUUGCUUAAUUCAGUCACGCCGCAACUAUGUGAGAGUUAAACACUGAGGAGACACUUGGACAGAGAGGAACCACAGCAGCGACCAGCAGGUGCUCACAAUGGCUCAGCAGCUAAACAAUGAAGAAGGAACAACAUUGUUUCCUCCACAAAAAGCUGCUGCAGAGCCAAGAAGUUCAAUGAUAUCUGCGUCAUUUAAUUUCAUCAAUUCCAUCAUAGGAUCUGGAAUAAUAGGUUUACCAUAUGCAUUGAACCAGGCAGGGCUCCCCUUUGGCCUUCUGCUGCUGGUAGUUGUUGGGUUCAUCACAGACUACUCGAUCAUCUUACUGAUUAAAGGAGGCAACCUGUCAGGGACAAACAGCUAUCAGUCACUGGUGCAAAGUACGUUUGGUUUCCCCGGAUUUCUGAUUUUAUCUGGACUGCAAUUCCUUUAUCCUUUCAUUGCUAUGAUCAGCUACAACAUCACAACUGGUGACACAUUGACCAAAGUAUUUCAGAGAAUACCAGGAGUUGGUCCAGGUCACAUACUUGCAGAGCGCCACUUUGUUAUCUUGCUAUCAACCGUCGUGUUCACGCUGCCUCUCUCACUGUAUCGAAACAUAGAGAAACUCGGGAAGGUGUCCUUCCUGUCGAUGGUGCUGACAUUUAUGAUCCUCAUUGUUGUAAUCGUCAGAGCAGCUACCUUCGGACCCCAAAUCCUCCCUACAGAGAAUGCAUGGGCAUUUGCAAAGUGGAAUGCGAUUCAGGCAGUUGGUGUGAUGUCUUUUGCCUUUAUAUGCCACCACAACAGCUUUCUCAUCUACGGUUCUCUGGAGCAGCCCACGCUGGCUAACUGGUCUCGGGUCACCCACGUGUCCGUAGGCUCUGCGCUAAUAAUCAGUGCUGCAUUUGCUGUUGCUGGCUAUACCACCUUCACUGGCUACACACAAGGGGACAUAUUUGAGAACUACUGCAGAGAUGACAACCUGGCAACAUUCGGUCGCUUCUGUUUUGGCUUCAGCAUUAUAACCACAUUUCCACUGGAGUGUUUUGUUACGCGAGAGGUGUUAUCCAAUGUCAUUUGCAGCAGGGAUCUUUCAAAAGUGGAACAUGUGACGAUAACGUUUCUCAUAGUUGCACUUUGUGCAUCAAUAUCUCUGGCCUAUGACUGUCUGGGAGUUGUUUUGGAGCUGAAUGGCGUUCUGAGCGCCACGCCUCUGAUCUUCAUCAUUCCAUCUGCGUGCUUCCUCAAACUCUCCCCCGGCCGCUGGUUCCAGGGUGAAAACGUGAUCCCCUCGAUCUUGAUAUUAACCGGCCUGUUUGUCAUGAUCACCGGUCUGACCAUGACGGGCCUUUACCCUCAAGACUGUUCACACGGCGUGGAGAUGUUCUACUGUGCAGAUGCCAACGUCUCCGGCACUGUACCACCCGUAUGACAUCCACCAAAUAUUUGAUUCUCUCCAACUUUUUUUAACAACACUUGCGUGACAAAAAUUCAUGUAUGUGGACACCCCUGUCCUCAUGUCUUUAUGUACUUGAUCGAUCUGGGGCUCUUUUUCAUGGUUUGGGCUGCAGUCUCCUUAGUUCCAGUUAAGAAAAAAUCGUAAUGUUACACCAUGCAAUGAUAUUUUAGAAUAAGACAUGCUUCCAACUUUGUGGCAACAGCUUGGGGGAAGAUCCUGUCCUUUGUGCACAAAGUGAGGUCCAUAAAAAAAUGUGUUAUUGAGUUAGUGGCCCGCACAGAGUCACUACCUCGACCGUAGAGAUGAACUGGAACGUUGACUGUGAACCACUAAUGUUCUUGUGGCUAAAUAGGAGUAUAUUAUAUUAUAUUAUAUUAUAUUAUAUUAUAGCAGCAUAUUAAAGGGCAACCUUGGUAUUUUUCAACCUGGACAACAAUUUCUGAAAUAGGUCCUGUAUUGAGGGAGAGUGCUGUAGACGGCAGCUGCUCAUUUACGUCCAUUAAAAGUGCUUGUUUUUUUGCCAUGACAGGCUCUGAUUGUUUUUAUAAGUGUCUGACAUUAUGGAAAGAGUCUCGCUCAAAGUGAAGUCUCUUUCUGAAAUCUGGUGACGUGUUGCUGGAAGACAACUGUGGAAUAGUGAGAAUACAUCCAUGGUGGAAAUGUGAGUGCCAGCUGGGCAGAGUUUGUUGUGUUGCGUAGCUUAGUGUCAUCUAAAAGAUUUCCAAUGUCAUGGUUGAAUAUUUAGAUGAUUUUGAAAUUAUAGAUGAGGUCUUUGAAUUCUACGGCUUCCAUGAUUUUGUCAGACACUUAUAAUAACAAUCUGAGCCUGUCAGUGGCAAAAACAAGCACUUUUAGUGGACGUAAUGUUACAUCGACUUGCCCGUGCAGCUUAUUUUGCGGCUGCAAAAGCCCCCCGUGAGUCACUAAGACACAAAAACAUGGGAAAAUAGGGUCCAGAUUGAAAAAUACCAAAGUUAUUCUUUAAAGGUCCCAUAUCGUGCUCAUUUUCAGGUUCAUACUUGUAUUUCUGGUUUCUACUAGAACAUGUUUACAUGCUGUAAUGUUAAAAAAAAACUUUUUUUUCCUCAUACUGUCAGCCUGAAUAUACCCGUAUUCACCUUCACCGUCAGAAAUGCUCUGUUUUAGUGCAUUUCAACGGAAUUGCAAUAGAAUUGCGUUGCUAGGCAGCAGUUUGGGUCUAUGUUUACUUCCUGUCAGCUGAUGUUAUUUACAUACGCUGCAACAGGAAAU